AUGUGGCAGCUACUUCUCAUUCGUUCCACUCUUGGACUGAUGAAUACAAUGGCAUUUCUCUAUUUCGCUCGAUCUGUCAGUCGUUGUUUUGGAAGAGAUACAGCGAUGUUUCUACGGAUUAUUACAUGUACUCAAUUCCAUUACAUCUUCUACAUGUCUCGUCCACUACCCAAUUCGUUUGCUCUUGUCUUAGUCAUGAUUGUUUAUGAAAGAAUAUUUGAUGGAAGAUAUGAGAGUGCAGUUCGAUAUGCGACUGCCUGUGUUAUUCUGUUCCGUUGUGAACUUCUUCUUCUUUUCGGACCUCUUUUCCUUGGUUACAUGAUUCUCGGCAAGUUAAAAACUUUCGGAUUCGAUGGAGCCAUUGCAAUUGGUGUUCGGGUAGCUUCUGCCUGUUUAGCUAUAUCCAUCCCGAUUGAUUCCUAUUUCUGGGGGCGACCAGUUUGGCCGGAAGGUGAAGUGAUGUUCUUCAAUGUCGUUGAAAAUCGAAGCCAUGAAUAUGGAACUCAACAUUUCCUGUGGUACUUCUAUUCGGCACUUCCUCGAUGUCUUCUUACUUCUCUAGCUCUUAUCCCUCUCGGAUGCCUCGUUGAUCGCCGUAUUCCACAAGUUCUAUUCCCGAGCGUCGUCUUCGUGUUUCUGUAUAGUUUCCUUCCACACAAGGAGCUCCGUUUCAUUAUCUACGUUCUCCCGAUUUUCUCGCUAGCCGCUGCAGUUUUCUGUGCGAGAAUGUUCAUCAAUAAAUGGAAAUCCUUAUUCCGUACAAUACUUUAUUUUGGAGUCGUUAUGCAUCUUUUCGCCAAUAUCCUCUGCACUGCAAUGUUCCUUUUGGUGGCAUCGAAGAACUAUCCAGGGUUCGAUGCUCUCAAUUAUCUUCAAUUCCAACAUCGAUUUGAUGCCAGAAAGCCAGUUACAGUAUAUAUUGAUAAUGCAUGUGCACAAACUGGAGUUAAUCGCUUCCUUCAUUCUUACGAUGCCUGGACAUACAACAAGACGGAAAAUUUGAAACCGGAAGAUCUUGAACAUUUUGACUUCCUUGUCCUCGGAACAUAUGGCAACACGUUGAAAACCGAAGUAGAGACGAAGUUUAUGAAGUGGCAUCGUCCGUUGUUCUUUGUAAACUCAUUUCACAAAUUCAAUAUCAAACACAGCAAGAAGUUUCCAUAUGUUUAUCCGGAGAUUGUAUAUACUGAAAAGUCGGCAGUGUUGAAGAAUAGAAAUUAUCGAUAA